AUGGAGCUCUCACACAGCUUAACUCUCAACGAAGAAGCACUGGCUCAAAUAAGCGAAGCCAAAAGACCAGUAUUCAUAUUCGAAUGGUUGAGAUUCUUGGACAAAGUUCUUAUAGCAGCCCAAAAGAACGACAUUAAGGGAUGUCAGAAACAGUUGGUCCAACAAUUAAUGAAUCACAUUCAGGAAUCGCCCGGACCCCCAACCAGGAAGCUUAUAGCAAGAUGCUUAGCAACACUGUUUUCAGUUGGCGAUACAUUCCUUCUGUUCGAUACAGUUAACAAGUGCAACGAUAUACUGAAGAAUAAAGACGAUUCUCCAAGUUUCCUACCCACCAGACUUGCGGCCAUUUGCUGCGUGGGGACGAUGUACCAAAAACUCGGUAGGAUGAUGGGAAGGUCGUACGAGGAGACUGUACAAAUACUCAUAAGAUCCUUAAGAAACGCUGAAUCGCAGACUAGGAUCGAGAUUAUGCUGACGCUGGAGAAAGUUUGCGCUGGAAUGGGUACGGCCAUCAGUAACGUCCACAAGGACAUCUACAAGGCCGCCAGGCAUUGCCUGAUCGAUAGGGUUAUGGCCGUAAGGUGUGCAGCCACCAGGUGUCUAUUAGAGAUGCUCAACCACGCUCCCUUCUUGUACACCACGGAGCUCGAGAGUUUAGCCACGUUGUGCUUCAGGGCGUUCGAUGGAUCCAAUUACAUAGUCAGGUGCACCGUUGCUAAACUAUUAGGCGCGCUGAUUGCCAUGACGCAACAGCAACCGCAGGGUGUAGGAAAAAGUACUCAACCGCAACAACAGAAAAGUCCCAAGCCGGUGUCUUUAGACGAGGCUUUGGGCGUUUUUAUGUCGGGCUUCUUAAGAGGCGGCGUUGGAUUUUUGAAAGGAACAGGGGAAAUUAUCAAAGGCAGUUCGGGUGUGAAUCGAGAAGUGAGAGUAGGCGUAACACACGGUUACGUAACUUUCGUGCAAAUCUUGGGAAGCAAAUGGUUGGAGAGGAACAUGAAGAGUUUCCUCGCUCACAUCCUCCACCUGGCCGCUAACCCUAAGGCGGCCUCUUCUCACGUGGACGCCGUCUACUCGAGAAAGUGCAUAAACUUUAUUUUAAGAAGCAUUUUGGGCAAGAUGCUGGGAGAAAGGGCACAGUCGUCCGCUUGCAAGGAAAUCGCUCAAAUUAUAGUCAAAGAAAUGAACUCCAUAGAUUUCAAUCCUGAAAAUGCCAAAGACGUGAAUCAGGAGACGCUUUUUAGUCAGCACCUUUUAGUAUGCGCUCUUCAAGAAAUCGGUGCACUGGUCUUGAGCUUAGGGACUUCAGCUCACGACUUAAUCACGGAUCAAUCUCUUAAUUUAAUCGAUGUAACUAUUAGUGUGCUGAUCCACUCUUGCCAAGCUGCAAGAUUAGCCGCAGCCUGGUGCCUUCGGUGCAUUUGCGUGGCCGUUCCCAGUCAAAUAUCGCCCUUAAUAGACCGAUGCGUGAACGGCAUCGAGCAAUUCAGAACCUCCCCCGAGGCUAUAUCCGGAUACAGUUCGGCUCUAGCGGCAGUUUUAGGAGGGGUGAAAUUAUCGCCGCUAGGCGUGCCUCACAUGAAAGGGAAGAUCAUAUUCAACACUGCCGAAGAACUGCUAAGGAGCGCCAGUCAAAACAGCAGGCUCUCCUUGAACAGAACCCACGCCGGUUGGCUCCUAAUCGGGGCUAUUAUGACACUGGGAAUUCCAGUGGUUAAAGGUUUACUGCCGAGGAUGUUGUUGCUGUGGAGGAAUUCCUUCCCGCGGUCUGCUAAAGAAUUGGAAUCCGAGAAAGCCCGAGGGGACGUGUUCACUUGGCAAGUUACUCUCGAAGGAAGAGCCGGUGCUUUAUCCGCCAUGCAUAGUUUCCUUCAAAAUUGCCCGGAAUUAGUCACAGAAGACACUACGAGAAGAUUACUUACACCUAUCGAAUCUGCUUUAGCGAUGCUUACGAAUAUUUCUGGAGUCCUUAAAAACUACGGUCAACACCUUAAAGCGCCAGCAGCCAUGGUUCGACUCAGACUCUGCGAAACACUGCUGUUGUUGCAUCCCCAAUGCUACGAAAAUUCGUACACGCACUUGCUGCGAAUGCUGGUCGCCGAAUUCACCUUGACCGAAAAUCCGGCCAACACGACGACAUCACAGCUGCGCUCGGUCUGCCACGCCGACGAUUCGGUGAUACUCGGCACGUGGCUGCAGGAAACCGACCACAGGACCAUCGAAGAUCAGAUGGAGCCUAAUCGAAGGGCUGACGGCGAACAUCUUCAACCGAACAGCGCGGCCGGUUCCGGAGCUUUGGAGCACGAUCCUUGCUGUCUCUACCGUCAAGUUAACACUGGCGAGACAAUUCCCGGACCUCUACCCUUAGGUGUAACGGUAAUAGAUAUAUCAGUUCUCCUCUUCGGUCAAAUCUUCCCGAGGGUAACCAACAAGCACAGGGUCCAGAUGUUGGAUCAUUUCACCGAAUGCGUGAAGCACGUGCGAAGCACCCGAUUGGAGGCGGUGCAAAUGAACGUAUUUACGGCUCUCUUGAGCGGUUUGAAGGGCCUCACCGAGACCAAGGUGAACAUAAAUCAGGAAGACUUCAAGAAAUCGGCCGUCGGUUUAAUCAUCAGCGCUCUAACGUCCCCUAAUCCGAUAUUGAGGUACGCCGCCGGCGAAGCCGUAGGGAGGAUGGCGCAAGUGGUGUCCGAUCCCAAAUUUACAGCCGAACUGGCCCAAACCAGCUUCGACAGGCUCAAAUCCGCCAGGGACGUAGCGAGUAGAACCGGGCAUUCCUUAGCGUUGGGCUGCUUGCAUAAAUACGUGGGAGGCAUGGGGUCCAGCCAGCAUCUCAACACGAGCGUAUCGAUUUUGCUGGCUCUGGCUCAGGAUCAGACGUCUCCGAUCGUUCAGGUGUGGUCUUUGCACGCUUUGGCUUUGAUCGUCGAUUCCGGCGGGCCGAUGUUCAGGGGCUACGUGGAACCGAGCCUGUCUUUGCUUCUGAAAUUGUUGCUGAACGUGCCCCAAUCGUAUAUAGACGUGCACCAGUGCAUCGGCAAAGUCCUGUCGGCUUUGAUAACCACCAUCGGCCCGGAAUUGCAGGGGAACACGUCUAGCAUAUGCACGGCGAGAUCUUCUUUCCUGUGCGCUUGCGCUAUUAUGCAGGAUCACCACGAUCCGCUCGUGCAAGCCGAGGCUACUGGAUGCCUGCAGCAAUUGCAUUUAUUCGCUCCCAAACACGUCAAUUUAUCGUCGUUGGUUCCCACUCUUUGUAGAACUCUGUCGAGUAAUCACCUGCUAUUGAGGAAAGCCGCGAUUUCUUGUCUGAGACAGUUGGUCCAGCGCGAAGCCAAAGAAGUGUGCGAGCACGCUUUGAAUCUAGCUAACGAGAGUAGAGACGAUAAUAAAGUAGAAGGACUUUUGAUAACGGAAACCGGACUCCCGGGCGUUUUCUUCAGCAUGCUGGACACCGAAACCGACAUUUGCUUGAUAAAAAACAUCCACGACACCAUCAUCAGCAUGCUUCAAGUUCUCGCCUCCGACAAUUUGUCGCAGUGGCUGGGACUCUGCAAAGACGUUCUAACAGUCGCGACAGAAACCAGCACAGAGGACAGGCUGAAUCCGGGACUAAUCGACGCCGAUGAGAAUUACGAGGCCGACGACGAUCAGGCGGAGUUCCACGCCGAAGAAGACCCGUCCCACGUGGCCGUGCAGCCCAGAUGGCCGACGAGGGUCUUCGCGGCGGAAUGCGUGAGGAAAAUCAUCGCGGCGUGCGAGACCAACCGGUCGGCCCACUUCGAUCUGGUGAAGGCGAAGGAACUGCAAUUCACCAAAGGGAAGAGCGACUUCCUGUCGUUGCAUCUCUCCGAUCUCAUCCGGAUGGCGUUCAUAGCGGCGACGAGCGACUCGGACCCGCUGCGAUUGGAAGGUUUGAAAACGCUGCAGGAGAUUAUCGACAAGUUCGCCAAGGUGCCGGAGCCCGAGUUCCCCGGGCACUUGCUGCUCGAACAGUUCCAGGCUCAAGUCGGCGCCGCUUUGAGGCCGGCGUUUCUGCCCGACACUUCGUCGCUGGUAACGGCUGCCGCUUGCGAGGUUUGCUCCACUUGGAUCGGAUCGAACGUCGCCAGGGAUUUGAACGACUUGAGACGAGUCCACCAGCUGCUCGUGUCCUCUCUGACGAAGUUGAGGAACAAGAACAACAUGAGCCAGCUCUACAACGAGAGCUUGGUGACUUUGGAGAAGCUGUCGAUACUGAAAGCGUGGGCUGAAGUGUACAUAGUGGCGAUGAAAGGGAACGACGCCGCGCCCAGCUUCGCUCUGACCAUAGCGCCGAUUAGCGAUAGCAACGAAAACAACGAAUUCGCGGAGUUCGAGAGCCAAGGGGAAAGUCUCUUGACGCUGGUGCAACCGGAGCUGGUCAGUUUGUCGCAGUAUUGGUUGUCGGCGUUGAAAGAUCACGCUUUGCUGUCGUUGCCCACCGAAUUUUCGAGUCAGCUCCCGCACGACGGCGGGGCGUUUUACACCAACGAAACCAUGGAUUCGUCCAGGCCGUUUUACGCUUCCUUCUGGCCGCCCAUCUUGCACGCGGCCGCCUUGUGGUUAAAUUCAAGCUGCUUCAACCAGACCAACAAAGAUAACAACGAAAACGUGAAUAAUAACAACAGGACGAACGAAGAUCCGUCGGAUAGGUUCCAUUUGUUGUUCGGCAUUUGCAUGGAAGCCCUGUGCAGCCUGCGGUCGAUUGAACCGUUAGAAAGUAUAAUAACCUGCUUGCACGCGUUGUACACGCUCUUGGACACGAAUUACACCAGGGAGCUUUUGGUUUCCGACAUUUCUUUAGGCAUUGAAAUGUGCAACGUUCUGCACCGGCUCAUCUUGACGAGGGAUAACCACACGUGUCAAUUACUCUGCUUGGAAGUUCUGAAGCAAGUCGUGAAAGCUGCGCAAGAGCAGCUGGCCAGGAAGAAACGGAACAGGCAAAACGAAGCUGAUAACACUAUAGAUGUGGAUCUCCUGGGCGAAGGAGGGGAAUUAGGAGACUUGGUCCCCGGGAAAUCUCUCGUGGUUUCCAUUUUAGAAGUGUGCCUGUGCCUCCUCAUUCGACAGUUGCCGAGUCUAAGCCCGGCGCCGAACACCACCGUAGUAAAUUCGUUGAAAGUGAAUCAAUCGAACGAUCAGUCGAGUCAAUUGAUAGCGGCGUCGAUUAGUUGCAUCGAGAAUUUGCACACCCUGUGCUCGCCCAAGGGCGCUAUAUCCAUUCUACCCACCGUCCUGUAUCUGGCCACCGGGGUGGUGAAGGAAGUGGCCACUAAAGGCAUCAACGACACCAACGUCGUGGCUAAUAACCCAUCGGUACAAGCGGCCCUGCACUGCUUGAAAAUCUUGGCCACCGACGCUUAUUGCAAUCAUCCGGAAAGCGCGAACAAUUGGCAGAAGUUGCUGCAAAGCGCGCUGGCCAAGAUUAUCGAUUUGGCCAAGACCAGGAACGAUCAAACCAAGCUCGAUGAGGUCACGAUGAUGCUGGCUAUUGCGGUUUUCGUGCUGAACGCGCCUUACAAGGUAGUCACCGUGCCGAAUCUCCAGUACCCGUGCAUCAACCACUUCAGGCAGUGCUUGGAAAAUUCUAAUUCAGUAGUGAAAUUGAGGUGUGUGAGAACGUUGAAGUCAUUAUUUGCGCACAACGAUAGAUUGGUGUCUACUCCCUACAUUCACACGUUAGCUCCGCAUUUGGUGGAAUUUUUGUAUUCGGACGCCGCGAAGAGGCCGCACUCGGAAGGGGAUUUGUUCGUUACAUUGGAAACGAUCACCACGGUGGAAUCGCUCAUCGAGCUCGCGGAGCCCGAGAAACGUAUUCAAAUGUUAACAUUGCUGGUGCCAGUGUUGGUUAGUUAUUUAACGCCCGAUUCGUCUAGCAGGAAUACAUUUACGCAAUCUUUGAGCGAUGCAAGUUUGCAGUGGUUAAUGAAAAUUGGGCCUAAAUAUCCACAGGAAUUCAAAAGACUGAUGAUGCAGUCUGACGAUUUACGGAUCAAAUUGGAAAAUGCCAUACGAACGAAUCAAGUUCAAACGUGUAAGGUUAAGAACGAUGUUAAUAUUAAUCAGCAUUUACCUAGUCACACUCCGACGAUAAAAUUGAAGACCGAUUUUAGCAACUUUUCUUAG